AAAAGGUUUCCCAAAGAGAGCACCAAGUAGAGAGAGAGAUCAGAAGUAUGAAGAGUGGCAGUAGUGCUGCUGCUGCCGGGCUGCUCAGGCGAGGAAAGCAGGACGGACUGCAAGAGAAGAGCUUUGGGGCAUCGCACACAGAAAGUAGCACCAGUGGUUAAAAGAUGUGCACCUCCCUCAGCCCAAAGGCCCGAGGCCCUGGCCUCUCCGAUAUGCACCAGUAUAGCCAGUGGCUGGCUAGCAGACAUGAGGCUAACUUGUUGCCAAUGAAGGAGGAUUUGGCCCUGUGGCUGACAAACCUGCUGGGAAAGGAAAUAACAGCUGAGACCUUCAUGGAGAAAUUGGAUAAUGGGGCUUUGCUCUGUCGGCUAGCGGAGACUUUACAGGAGAAAUUUAAAGAAAACUGCAUUGAGGUCAACAAGAUUGGGAAGAUAAUGCCGGUGAGGAGAAUCCCAUGCAAAGCCAAUGCACCAUCUGGAUCCUUUUUUGCACGGGACAAUACAGCAAAUUUCUUAUCCUGGUGCAGAGAUGUGGGAGUAGACGAUACUUGCCUAUUUGAAUCGGAAGGUUUGGUCCUCCACAAGCAGCCCAGAGAAGUGUGCCUUUGUUUGCUCGAACUUGGACGGAUUGCUGCAAGGUUUGGCGUAGAGCCUCCUGGAUUAAUAAAACUGGAGAAAGAGAUUGAGCAAGAAGAAACACUUUCGACCCCUCUUCCGUCCCCCUCCCCGUCCCCCUCAAAGUCGCCUGGCAAAAAGAGCACAGGGAAACUUCUGGAUGACGCGGUCAAACAUAUUUCCGAAGAUCCUCCUUGUAAAUGCCCUAGUAAAUUUUGUGUGGAGCGUCUUUCGCAAGGAAGAUACAGAGUUGGAGAAAAGAUCCUUUUCAUCAGGAUGCUGCACAACAAGCAUGUGAUGGUUCGCGUAGGAGGCGGCUGGGAGACGUUUGCUGGGUAUUUGCUGAAACACGACCCGUGCCGAAUAAUGCAGAUCUCCCGAGUGGAUGGGAAAACAUCCCCGAUCCAGAACAAGUCUCCGACCAUCAAGGAUAUGAACCCAGACAGCUACUUGGUUGUUUCUGCCCAUUACAAAACCAAAAAGGAGAUUAAGUGAAAUGUUCAUUCGGGACUCUGUAUAUGUAGGCCCGUGCUAUCUUCUCAAGUGUAGUUACAUUAGUUGGUGCUUUAAAAGGACUCCUGAAAAUUACAUGCAGACUGGAAAUGGCAACCCAUGUUGUGGGUUGUUGAACUGUAGUGCUAUUUAUUUCUAGUGCUGUUCCUUUUUAUAGCAAGUUACCCUCGAUAGGUUAAUUACUACAAUCUGAUUUUUUAAAAAUAGACAUAUAUUUUUAGCCAAAUUAUUACUCUAUGAAUGUAUUCUUAGAAUGACUUAUGAGUCACAUUAAAGUAACAAAAUGUGAUAUAUUUGUAUGGAAAGCAUCUAUGGUUCUCAAUCAUUUGCCCUAAUUCAGAGCUCUGUGGUUAACCUCAUUAUUGGCAUCCAAAAAGCUCCAGGUUCACUUCCAGUUAAAAAAGAAAAAAGCUGGGUAGCAUAUGAGAAAGACCUCUGUUUGAGACCCUGGAGAUAGAUAUAUUGCCAGUCAAGAGUAGACACUGCUGGGCCAGAUAGAAGAUAUAAGGCAGCUUUCCCUGUUCUGACACACAAUGUGAACUCCUCUGUUUACAGGCUGCCUCAUCCAUAGAUGAGACCUGAUAUUUUUUUUAAAUGCCUUCUUCUGUGUACUUCAUCAACCCCCACCCCCCUGCAAUGAAUGGGGUACUCUUACAGGCAAGAGAAUGCCAUACUUGCAUCAGAUAGCUCUAGGCCUAUUAGCAGCUGCUGUGCCAGUGUGUUUACUGCAAAAGAAGGUAGACAACUGGUGGGAAAUGCCUGUAUAUUGUCUUAAUAUACGGCCUUUCCCAACUGGUGAAAGAAACAAGCAGCAAGCAUUGUAUAGGUUUAAAAACAAAAGAGCAGCCUCCAUAGAAUGCAUGCAUGUGUGUUAUUGAAAGCUAUGUUAAAGAGUAUUUUUCUCCUCCCCUGCUAUAAUCUAUUUUAAGAUGUUUCAAUAUGGUUCAUGUAUGCUUUUGGUUCCUAAGCUGCAUAUAACACCAGGUAUUGACGAGAUGGCAAUACGCUGUUGGACUACAAGUCAAAUGCCACCUGGGAUUCCCCACUGCCCUCACUCCCAAAACCAGUGAUGCUGUUGCAAAGCAAGCUAUCUCAAGGGACCUGCGUCAGAGGUAUGCAUUAGGUGGACUGAAAGACAUUAACCAUGUAUACAUCUGGACAACAGAAAGGCUAAAGUUGGCCUUGACAAAGAUAGAGAAGAGUGCCUUGGAAUUAUAACAGGGAUGGGGAACCUGUAUCCCUCCAAAUGUUAUUGGGACUAAAACUCCCAUCAUCCUUGAUCCUUGGCCAUGCUGGCUGGGACCGAUGAAAGUUGGAGUCCAACAAUAUCUGGAGGACCACAUGCCCUUAGUAUAAAGAGCUAAAGAGCUUCAGACUGGCCAACAUUUUGGAAAGAUAAGACUCACAAGCGUGUUUCAUAGCUUUAAGUUACAGCUAAAAGCAUAAGUCCAUUCAGAUUUGUUUUUCAUAGUAAGUGCUAAAGAACAUCUGUAUAUCUUUUUGACAUAGGAAUUAUUCCUGACAGUCAUUCUUCCCCAAGGAUAGGAAGCCUGUAGCCCAGGCAUCUGCAAACUUUGGCCCUCCAGAUGUUUUGGACUACAAUUCCCAUCUUCCCCAACCACUGGUCCUGUUAUCUAGGGAUCAUGGGAGUUGUAGGCCAAAACAUCUGGAGGGCCGCAGUUUGGGGAUGCCUGCUCUACAUACUCAGACACAUUGUGAGCUUGAUUAAGCUGAUCUUAUGAAUCUAAGUUUAAUCAGUACAAAUCUUCCUGAAAUAAAUGGUGUUGCAUGAGGCCAGAACUGAUGAAUAGAAUAAAACAGCAACAAUCAAUCAAUCCUGCCAUGCAAACUGAAGUGUGUUAGCAUGUCACAAUGUCUAGAUCAGGCAUCCCCAAACUUCGGCCCUCCACUGGUCCUGUUAACUAGGGAUCAUGGGAGUUGUAGGCCAAAACAUAUGGAGGGCUGCAGUUUGGGGAUGCCUGCUGUAGCCCCCCUGGUGUUAUUGACUACAACUGCCAUCAUCCUCGACCACUAGCCAGGCCUAGUGGGAAUCGAGAACCCAACAUAUGAAAGUGCACAGCUUCCCCCUCCCUGUUCUGAAACUUUCAAACUUGACAUGCGAAUGCAAUCACCAGUAGUACUCCCAUGUAUCUGCUGUUUGGGUGCUUGGUAUUUGCCUUUAGAUUAGCUCUUCCUGGCUGUUGUGCUUGAAGGGUACAGUAUAGCUUUAGGUGGUUAUAGAAAUGUAUAGGCAGUUAUAGACCAUUGUCCCACUGUGUGAUGGUGGGAUAUUCUCUGCCGCUGGAUUUAGUUAUGUUUUUGAGCAUAUUGGGUAAAAUAUGAAAAUACUACAUGCAUUCUCUGUAGAUAAAUGUUGGGGAGUGGUUAUGUUACACAUCUCUGUGAUAUAUAGGAAUGCUAAGGUUUUGGUUUAUUGGUUUUGCUAAUUUUCUUUUGUCUAUACUUGACAACUUUUGUGCCUUUCCUAGAAAAAUCAUUGUUCGAGGAUUAUUUGAAUGAUGACUGUAUAAAUUUGAGCUGAAAUCACAUGGUGCAUUAGAAAUAAACAGAUACUUUUAAAAAACAGACUCUCAGUGGUUCAUUGCAGCGUAUUGCUCUCACAAACAAGUAGAGACUGAC